AAGCAGCAGGCAAGGAUGGAUGUGGUUGACAGCCUUUUUGUGAAUGGAAGCAACAUCUCUCCUCCCUGCGAACUCGGGCUGGAAAAUGAGACGCUUUUCUGUUUGGAUCAACCUCGUCCUUCCGAAGAGUGGCAGCCGGCGGUGCAGAUUCUCUUGUACUCCUUGAUAUUCCUGCUCAGCGUGCUGGGAAACACGCUGGUCAUCACCGUGUUGAUUCGGAACAAGCGGAUGCGGACGGUCACCAACAUCUUCCUCCUCUCCCUGGCUGUCAGCGACCUCAUGCUCUGCCUCUUCUGCAUGCCGUUCAACCUCAUCCCCAACCUGCUCAAGGAUUUCAUCUUCGGGAGUGCCGUUUGCAAGACCACCACCUACUUCAUGGGCACCUCUGUGAGUGUAUCUACCUUUAAUCUGGUAGCCAUAUCUUUAGAGCGAUAUGGUGCGAUUUGCAAACCCUUGCAGUCCCGGGUCUGGCAAACGAAGUCCCAUGCUUUGAAGGUGAUUGCUGCUACCUGGGGCCUUUCCUUUACCAUCAUGACUCCGUACCCCAUUUACAGCAACUUGGUGCCUUUUACCAAAAACAACAACCAGACUGCGAAUAUGUGCCGCUUUCUACUGCCAAAUGACGUUAUGCAGCAGUCCUGGCACACGUUCCUGUUACUCAUCCUCUUUCUUAUUCCUGGAAUUGUGAUGAUGGUGGCAUAUGGAUUAAUCUCUUUGGAACUCUACCAGGGAAUAAAAUUUGAGGCUAGCCAGAAGAAAUCUGCUAAAGAAAGGAAAUCCAGCACUAGCAGCAGCGGCAGAUAUGAGGACAGCGAUGGGUGUUACCUGCAGAAGUCCAGGCCUUCGAGGAAGCUGGAGCUCCGGCAGCUGUCCACCAGCAGCAGCAGCAGGGCCAGCCGCAUCCGGAGCAGCAGCUCCGCGGCCAACCUGAUGGCCAAGAAGCGGGUGAUCCGCAUGCUCAUCGUCAUCGUGGUCCUCUUCUUCCUGUGCUGGAUGCCCAUCUUCAGCGCCAACGCCUGGCGGGCCUACGACACCAUCUCUGCUGAGCGCCGCCUCUCAGGGACCCCCAUUUCCUUCAUCCUCCUCCUGUCCUACACCUCCUCCUGCAUCAACCCCAUCAUCUACUGCUUCAUGAACAAACGCUUCCGCCUCGGCUUCAUGGCCACCUUCCCCUGCUGCCCCAAUCCUGGUCCCCCAGGGGCGAGGGGAGAGGUGGGGGAGGAGGAGGAAGGCAGGACCAUAGGGGCCUCCCUGUCCAGGUUCUCCUACAGCCAUAUGAGUGCCUCGGCGCCACCCCAGUGAGCUGUCCCUGACCCUCCACCACAGAAGGAAGGAGGGGAGGAUGUGGAGAAGGAAGAACGGAAGAAGAGAUCUGGAAGAGAAGGAAGCAGAGGUGAUGGAGAAGGAAGGCUCCAUCUCCAGCAGGAACUCUUCAGAGUUUGCUUUUCAUCCUUCAUCUGGAUUCCAGAGCACUGCUCCAGUGGGGCCGUGACUUGGUUUCUAGGCAGUUCAAAGCAAGAAAUGUUCAGUAACACUCACCAUCAGAGAAACCUUGGCAGCCAGGGACAGGAGCCCAGCAGGGCUCAGACUGCACACGGAGUUACCAAGCACAUGUUCAAAAUGGAGAUGAGGGCCUGCUGAGCUUCAAAGCCUUCUAGAACAUCCAACGUGGGCUCUCACUCCUCCUGUGACACAUUUCCAUGCUCUGCUUUUUCCAUUCAUGCGGAAUCAUGGAGGUCGCUCUGCCUGCAGGGAGCCCAUCACUCUUUCCUGUAUCCGCUGUAGCCGCCCACCUCAUUGUAACCACAAAGAGAACACGAAGCAAACCCUCUCUAGCCAUUUUAUCCUGGGUAAGACGGCAGCCUGAUUUCUUCAUCUUGAGGUUGGCCAGAAACAUUCAGAGUCAUAAGCUAGUUGAUGUCAGAAGAGCAUAAGAAAUGUCUGAAAGAUGGAAUUUUGAACUUAAUAUUUCUUUUUCUUUUGAGGCUGGGCUGGCUCUGCCACUAAGGCUGAAGUGC